CCCCGGCUGCCCACAAGUGACAUGGCGGCACCCCCCGCCCUCGCCGUCAGCGGGGCCGGUGGCGGCGCUCCCCCGGUCCUUCCGGCGGAGCCCUCAACAAAGAUGGUGCUCCCCGCACCGGCUCCGCGGCCGCCGGGGCGCCGCGUGUAGUGCCCCGUUCUGCUCCGUUGCCAAAUGGAUGCCAGAGACAAGCAACUUUUGCGCUCCCUGCGCCUGGAGCUCUGCACGGAGGUGCUGGUGGAUGGACUAGUUAUUCAGUAUCUCUAUCAAGAAGGCAUUCUCACCGACAGUCAUGUUCAAGAAAUAAAAUCCCAAACCACCAGCCAAAGGAAAACCAUGAUGCUCCUUGAUAUUCUUCCUACUAGAGGACCCAAGGCUUUUGAUGCAUUCCUGGAUUCCUUACAGGAGUUCCCAUGGGUUAAAGACAAGUUGAAGGUGAAGCGUAAGGAAAUGACGGUACAAGAUCCUGCAGAUUCAACCGCAAUUGCCCCACGUAUUCUGAAGAGUUCACCCACAGAUCAGCAGAUGAACAAGCUUGCGAGGAAGCUGGGACCUGAAUGGGAGCAUAUUGUUCUGUGCUUGGGUUUGUCCCAUACUGACAUCUAUCGAUGUAAAGUCAAUCACCCUCACAACGUUCAGUCACAGAUAGUAGCUGCGUUUGUCCUGUGGAGACAGCGUUUUGGGAAGAGUGCAACAAUCCAAAGUCUGCAAGCCAGCCUGAUGGCAGCAGAGGUGGAUCCUUCUGUGAUGCAGUACAUGCUUGAGUAAAGCCUUGCUUUGGAAGCUUUCAAGUUCUUUGCUAAACUGAGUACAUCACUGAGAUGAAUUGAAGAUCUGGUGCAUCAGACUGGCAAAAUUGGGCUUGAGAACUGUGAUUUUAUUAAGAUUCCACAUUUCGGUUUUCUGUGGCACCUUGUGACUUCUAAUUCUUUUCAUGCCAGAUUUCUUUUUAGCAGGCAUUGAAAAAUGGAUCGCUCUUUCCUCUUUCUUUGCUCUUGUACUAUUCCAGUGGGGAUAUAGGGUGACGCUUAAACUCCUUGCAUGCAGGAGGCCCUUCAGCAAGGUUUCCCUUUUCACUGUGGGAGCAACACUUGAUUUAACCUGUUUUCUGGACUGUGGACUAAGAGCCGUUUUUACUGCUGAUCCAUGCUAGUUCCCUGAUAUCCCAGUAAGAAAUGAGAAUAAUCACUGUUACUAAUGCAGCGAUUAUACAGCAGUUACUGCAGGUGGCCCGUUUCACAUUUGUCAGAGCCUUCGCGCAUAGCAUUUCUUAUUUGGGUAGAUGGCUGCCACCUUACUCUACCUUUCAAACUGAAAUGAGAUGACUUCUAAGUUUCCCAUCUUUGUCUCAGCUAGUAAACUGGUGUCUGCUCAGUCUUUGUACUACAGCAUGUGUGCAAAGGCAACAGAAACGGCCAGCUGCUCUUAAAGACCUGAUGGAAAGAGGCUAAAUACAUGUUAAUUCUUUAUGGGCACUUUACUGUACUGUAAAUGAGGAACAAUGUUUGAGUGCAGGGUUUCCAGGUCUAUUUAUGAGCAAGUUCUGGUCGACCAUUUCAUCUAUACAGAGUCAUUGCCAAAUAACUUCCCAUCCUACAGGAUCUGCUCCAUAUAAUUUAACAGCUUAACAGGCUUGUCAGAAUUCUUUACUAGGGAAAGAAUGAGCUUUAUUGCCUUUUUCUUUCUUUUUUAAUUCUUCCUUUACUCUGAUUUUUGAAGCCAUUUCCCAAAGAUGGGUAAUUAGGAAAAACAAAGACAUUUUCAGGAAACAUUGUCUGCCUUGCUUUUCAGAAGCAUGAAAAGAGAAAAUGUGUCCUGCAGGUCCUGAAGUGAUCUGGUGGAAGUCUUCUGCUUACAGUUUUCACCUUCUGUAAAUCAUGAUCCUGUUAUACCUCACUCAGAUCUUAAUUAAUCAUAUCCUAUUACAGCUAUUUACAGAGUCUAAGUCUAUCAACAAGUCCCAAAUAAACAGUUUAAAUCAA